AUGCCACUCGUUUUGACCGAUUGGUGGAAUUCUGACUCGACUUAUCUUGCUGGAACUGAUCCCUACAGAUACGGAAACACAAACGGAAAGCGGAUGACCGGUGCGGGAACGAAGCAUUGCCGGACCGAGGAUAAGCCUUUCUUGACAGGAGUGAAGAUGAGCUCGCUCUGUGUCGACUCGAUACUCGCGAACGGAAGGGGUCAAUAUCGACGGCUUCCGUCCGAAAAAGAAACUGGGUUCGAGUUCAGCGUCUUGGAGGAGUAUCUGGUCUCACAAACUAGCAACAGGGUUCAGCUCAAAACAAUUCAUGCUGGAUUCGAACACCCGAUAUUGAUUCGGCCCACGGACGAUCGAAAAUUAAUCAUUAAUGCUGCAGAUGGGAGAAGAAUUCUGCCUCGAGAAGGCGACGGAAUUUUCAUGGGUGUGGGCGAAACUCUGAACAUAGAAGUUGAUUUUCCGCUUGAGGAACAAAGACUGGAGUUGCUCGCUGAAAUUAUCUUUGAAGGGGUCGGCAAAAAAGCGAGACAUUAUGAAAAUCCUUUUGUAAAGAUUACUUUUGUUCGAGAUUCAGCGAUCUAUGGCUCUAAAAUUGAAAAUCGACUGAUCGCCGCAUUUCCAGAGUCUGAGGCUCGUUACCCUUCCAUCUUCGCUGCCGACAAUGAAGUUGAAGACAAAAUUCUCCUUAAUUGCCCAGCGAAGAAGGUCGGAAAGAUAACUUGCGUGACAGUGGUUGACUUCAAACGAGACCCGGAGUAUGAGUCUCUUCUCGAGAAAACGCCUCCUUCUAUAAAUGAAGAGCCCGAUCGGGUGAUUGAUCUCAACAUGAAUUUCGCAGUCGGGGCGGCAAUCAACGGAAUCGAAUUCAAAUAUCCAGAAAUGCCGUUUUUUGACGGGCCGAACAGCGCCGGAAUCACAAUAUGCUCGGAAAAGGCGCUCAAAACUGGAGGACACUGUACUCAAAUUUUGGAAGUGGAGAAGGGAGAGCUUAUCGAAUUUAGAGUAACCGCCGCAGAAAAUCUGCUGAAUAUUGUGCGCAGAUGGCAGUGGACGUACCAUGCGAUUCACCUUCAUGGUUACGAAUUUGUCGUCACUGAUAUCGGCUUCGGACGGGCGAAUCAGACGACUGGAUUCAUCGAAGGUCUUCAUCCGGCAAUUUCUUGCAAGGACGAUCAAAUAAAGUGCAAUCGCGCUGAAUUCGACGAGGAAAUCUUCACUUCGCAGCGCUCAAAUCGCGACGACCACAUUCUCAAAAACACUGUCUUGGUUCCUGCAAUGGGUUUUGUUACCUUCCGAAUUCGCGCUGACAAUCCUGGAAUCUGGCCUUUUCACUGCCACCAGCUCUUCCACAACUACGAGGGAAUGGCAGUCGCCCUUUUCGUCAAGGAUAGGGACGAAAACAAGCCGUUUUCGUACUUGCCAAAAAACAUGCCCCGCUGUCAUCAUUAUCACCCGAAAAACAUCGCAAUCGACGAAGAGCCUAUCCGGCAAAAUAGUUCCUCUGGAAUAACUGCGUCAACUUUAUUUCUCUUCAUUUUCCUUAUUUUGUAA